CCUAAACAGUCAAUCCCGCCGUCGUAUUUAUCCGUCAGCACACCACCACCAGCAGUGAAAGGCGCCGUUCGCUACCAGAGAUUCAGAAGGCAGUGUCGCGUUCCCAGAUUCAACAGAAAUCCCACCGCACCAAAAUCAUCGGUCUCCCCUUCUGUGUAUUUCUCUGCUGCUGCGAAAAUUGAAAGGUCUCUGGGAAAAUAACAGCAUCAUCGACGCCGUCAAGAGAAUGGCUGAGUAACAUCUCAUUUAUUGAAUGAGGAAGAAAAGCAUUGAGAAGAAACCAUGGAAAGGCAGAACUAAUGCUGAUGUUGGUGGAUGAUGUACUUAUGUUGUUUUAGGAUCAGUGGUUUUGAGGUUCAGAUUUUUUUUAUAUACAGUAGAGAUUUCUCUAACUGAUGAGGACAUUUAAGGUCGUUCAAAGGGUUCUCCAAAAUGCAAAGUAUUGCGAAAUGAAGCUAAACUGUGCUCUGCAUUUUAAUGCAAUGUUAUAUCACUGCACUGGUGAUUCAAACGAAGAGGUGCUGCCUUAUGAAUGGUAUGAAAAAGCAUUUCCUAAGUUGACAAGAUUAGCCCACUUGUUAAAAGAUGUGGAUUUAGUUGACGGACGGCUUGUGAAUGUGAAUGACGAUUCAAUCAUCAGUGACGAUUGCAUUGAUCGUAGAAUGAAUACUUUCAAGUCGGUUAUGAGGGUCUUCAUUGGAUCCCCAUCAGUUCAACUAAUGCUAAAGAAACAAAUUUCUGCAUUUGACUGUUUCGGUAAACCUAGUGAAAGGGAGCCCAUGAUUGUGAAUUCAUUAACCACGGUGAGCAAUGUUUUGAAUGUUACUGCUCAACAGAGGAAGCUGGUGCGUCUAACUAUAUGUCCACAGGUUACGCAACACAAGAUAUGGACAGGUGCCCUUGAGAAAAUAUUGAACGAACUGAAAACAGAGAUUGGUUUGUUGAAUUGCCAAUUCCCAAGUAAAGGAACCAAGAUGGGUCAGCAGAUAGUUUGUAGUUGCCUUAAGUUCUUGGAUGAAUCAGCUGGUUCUUAUGACCCUGAUUCCGCUUCAUGGAUUCGGCUUUCGCCUGCAAAAGUUGUCGACUCUCCACGUAAAUGGGAGGAUGUUUUCGAGAUGUUUAAUGAUCUCAUUAAUUGUUUAAAGAGUGAAAAGGAUCGGCUUUACCAUUUGAAAAAGAUAGAGGUAAUGAAAGAAGGUGUCUCUCAGAUUAGGGAUGUGUUAGCUGAUAAUAGUAUUGGGUAUAAGGAUGCUGGGCACCAAGAAAGCCUCGUACAGAAGAAGUUGAGUAAGACAUUAGGACACUCAUCACAGUGCUUAUUCACACUUUUAUUGUAUUACCUCUAUGGCCAGGUUAGAGAUCUCGAAGUGGAUUUGUGUGGAGCUGUUUACGGGAAUGGUUCCGAUAAUAAGCUUACCUUGUGCAUGGGAAGAAUUCUAACUUCAAACGAGGAGAAGAUGGUUUGGAGUGGGGUUAAGCAAUUAGAAAGGGCUCUGGGGUUAUUUAAGUUUGUAUGGGAAACAUCAGGUAUGAAAGGGAUUCUGGAGUUGCAAGGCCACUUGUGGUGCGUAGGGAGCGAGGAGAGGUCGAUUACGUAUCGAGGAAACGCCUUCUUUCUACACGGGAUUAGCUUUGGUCCAAAGAGCACCUCAUCAAAACCUCUAUGAUGUUUAGUUAGCCAUUUCACCGAUCAUUGUUUAUUUUAGAAGAUUAAGGGUGAACAAAAGCAUUGAUAAUUGGCAAGUACUUCACAUGAUUCAAGAUAUGGUUGGUGCCGGAAAGGCAACGAUUUUAAAAGAAGGUCGACGAGAAGAAUAAAAGUUCUGGAAGCGUUAGAUUUGGUAAUGAAAAGAAGGAAAAUGAAAACAGAAACCAGUUGAAACAUGGGUUUUCUAUCGACUAAUUUAGUGGACCAUGAGAGUUCUGUAAGAAAGAGUCACUUUUUGAUGAGGAAUUGGUGACAAAUAACGUUGAUUGCAGAGCUCCAAUGUGUAAUGAAAAGUCUUUUCUUGGGGAGUUGGUUUUUCCCAAG